AUGAUAAGAGAAGAAACUGGUCACAAGCCCGAUUGGAAGUCCUAUGACUACGUUGUGGUUGGGGGAGGCACCGCGGGUUGUGUGGUUGCUUCCCGGCUCUCCGAAGACCCUUCAGUCACGGUACUGCUCGUUGAAGCUGGCAAUAGUCAUGAGAAUGUUUUCUUGAGCAAACUUCCGCUUGGAUUCGCACAGCUGUUCAAAGGAUCAUACGACUGGCAAUAUGAGACGACGUACGAUUAUCUUCUGAGCCAGCAAGCCCAUUUUUUUAUUUACUGGCCGCGAGGUAAAAUCUUAGGCGGUACGAGUGCUACUAAUGCUCUCAUAUAUCACGAAUGUGCUCCGCAAGACUUUGAUGCGUGGGUCAAGCAAGGGGCAGUUGGGUGGAGUUAUGAAGUAAUGAAGAGGUGCUUCCAAAAGGCUGAGACGUACAUCUUUGACCAGCAGUCUCCGAUUGGACCAUCUGAUCAUGGUCUAUCGGGCCCGUGGAAGCAUAGAGGUGUUCCCGCGGCUCCCAUUUGCUGGAAGGUCAUUGCAGCAUGCGAGAACAUGGGGAUCCGCCGUUUGACAGACAUGAAUACUGCUGAGGGCACAUUGGGUGCGGGACCAUUCACUGCUUGCAUGGACGAGAAACAUCGCAGAAGUUCGACUGCAACAGCAUAUCUCACUGCACACGUUCUUGAUCGGCCCAAUCUCACGGUCGCAGUGGGCAUUACUACAGAAAAAAUCCACUUCACUACAACGUCGGAUGGCGGUCAUAAGGCAUCGGGCAUACAGAUUGCUUCUCAAAGAGGAGCUACGCAGUACAGAGUAGGCGCCAGAAAAGAAGUCAUUUUAUGUGCAGGCGCAAUCGGCUCUCCUCAGCUUCUCAUGGUAUCGGGAAUAGGUUCUGCGGCUCAUUUGCGGGACAUGGGUAUACCUUUAGUCCGUGAUCUCCCUGCUGUGGGACAGAAUUUAUUAGAUCACUUCUCUGCGGGUGCGAUGGUUUUCAAAGCAAAACCGGGGACCACGUCCGACUUCCUAUUGAAACCAUUCUACGGUCUCAUAGCGCUGUUGCAAUGGCUGAUUUACGGUACUGGGGGUAUGGCGGCUCUCGCGAAUCAAGUCGGAGUCUUCAUCCGUGCCGAUGAUGAAAGGUUGCCAUUCGACGCAGCUGGACAGCAAGCACCUCCGACAUCUGAUCUUAGCUCUGAGCCUGAUGCUCCAGAUAUUGAGUUUGUCGUGGCUCCCUUCGCGGUCCUUGAGAAUGGCUUCAAGAAACCGCCUUUCGGAACAUACGGUAUCACAGUGGGUGCUGUUUUGCUCAAACCUCAGAGCUCUGGAACAGUCAUUCUGCGAUCGGAUAGUAUCUGGGACUACCCGUCUAUAAAUGCGAACUAUCUCUCCGCGGAGACGGAUAUGAAUAUCAUGCUCAAGGCCGUUCGUUUCUUCAUGCGUCUAGCACGCACUGAGCCAUUGGCUUCUGAUCUUAACCUUGGACGACCCGCGGAGAUGAUACCAUUUGAUGAGUUCUGGGUUAGCAAUGCUGAUACUGAUACGGUAUCGGACGAUGACUUGAAAGCUUGGAUUAGGAAGUAUGGGCAGUCCGCCUGGCAUCCGGUAUGCCGUAAUGACACAUCAUCGGCAAAGAUGGGAUCAUCUCCUGUCGACAGUGUCGUCGAUUCGCGAUUGCGGGUGCAUGGCAUCAAUGGCUUACGAGUCGUGGACACCUCUGUAUUUCUGGAUCAAGUCUCUGGACACCCAUGCGCAGUUGUCGUGGCGGUUGCCGAACGAGCUGCAGAGUUGAUUGCAGGAAAUGAUUAG